ACUAUAAAAUAAUACAAGGGAAACAAAAAUGACUUUUUGUCACAUGAUCAAGUCAUAUGGUUGAAAAAGAUGGCGGCCUUCCCCACCAUGAAAGUAUUUAUCUUGGCUUCUAUAUUAACGUUUGUCUUUUGUGAUAUAGAGAAACGAGAUUUAAAAACUUGGUCUUGGCCAGAUUGUGAGAAGUACAAUGAAACAAUAUGUAAUGAAGCAAAACAAAAUGGUUCCAUUGUGAUUUAUGUGAAAGCAUCUUCUGAAUCCAAUGACAACUUGCACUAUGUUUUUAGCACUAUUGGAGGGCCUUCAGUUGUAGUGCUAAGAACGACCAAUGUAAAUGCCAAUUUGACCUUUAAUUGGGAAAAGCUCUUACAGUAUAAUAACUCUCUAAUUGAUGGUGCCAUCACUUUUAGUGAUCCACAGCCUAAUAUUGAGUACAAGUUUGCUGUUGUUUUUACUCGGCUUCUUGAGUAUGAUGACACAGAUGACUCAGCAGAUCUAGAUUAUUGUGAGAAACAUCUGAACCUAACUAGCUGGAAUAUAAGAGAUUUCAGCAUGUUUCAUUGGAGUAGUGAUGAUUUAAAAGUAAAUGCCUCCACAAAUACAUUUGUCUUUAACUCCACUUCUGAUGUUAUGAUCAAGACAAAUGAAACACGUAAUGGUAGCAUCAGUUUUGCAUUUUCAGUAAAACAUGACAAUGGAAGAGCAUCAGAUUUACCCAGAAUGCUUUAUAUAGCCAAUGAAACAAUGUUUGACUUUGUGAUAGCCAACUACACUCCAUCUUUCAACAAUUCAAGGUUUGCCCUUGAGGUAGUUGUGGUUAGCUUGUCUAAUGAAGCAGCGUCUGCGGACAUGUCUGUGGACUUGACUAAGUCGAUUGAUGAUGAAUACACUCCAGGUGUUUUUGAGAUUAUUGAUUGGCUGACAAAUCCCAAACAAAGUCAUAUUUCAGGAUUCUUCCAGUGGAAGCCAGUUUCCUACAUAUCUCUACCCAGGGGCCGUAAUACAGCAACAAAAGUGGAACACUCUGAUUUGAAAAAUGUGGAUAAAUCUUCUUCUUCUGCAAAAUUGUUGAACAAUACUGUUCUCUUAGCAGUAUUUAAUGAGUCUCUUUGGAAUGGAAAGACUGUUAAACGUAUGGCAAACAUUUCUUUUGGUCUUCCAAAAGAUGGUUUCUACAUCAAGAACAAUUAUACAGCAUGGACUGCUGCCAUAGGUUACGGCACACCUCCAGCGGAUUCCAUAUCUAUAACUGUAAUCAUCACCAUAUCUGCUGGGCUUGGGUUACCUGUGUUGAUCAUUAUAGUUGGAGGUAUAUACAGUAUCAUUAGAAAAAUGCGCAAGCGGUCAUCAGGAUAUGAACCAAUCAAUGCUGGAUCAAUAAAUAGAAACUAUACGCAGCAGAGUGAUUGAUGUGUAUCAUCAGAAACAACAAAAACUUAAAAAAGAAGAAAAUGUUGCGAACUAUUCAUUUCUUUACAACAUUGAUUUGUUGUAUAUUGAAGCAAGAAAGGAAAUAUAGUGUUUGGGUAAAUGAUAUUAAAAAUUGUAUGUAAGAGUAUUUAAUAAAAAUGCUGAUUACAAUGUUAUUACAUGUUUUUGUAUCAUUUAUUGCUAUUGGUUUUGUUAUCUGUCAUCUUAAUAAAAAUAAAUUAUGUCAAUUU